UGUUGUUGCUGGGAACGUGACGCAGUUACGCUGCCGUCAAGACUUUUGUUUUCAUUUCUUCACGUGAAACUGAACUGAUGUUGUUAUAGUGAUUAGAUCAAAGUAACAUGGCAGGCUUAGAGGUGUUAUAUGCCUGCGUCAGUGGCAGUAUUAGCUGUCCUCAGGACGCCGUUGUGUGUUUCGUUCACUGGGAAAUGAUAAAGAGUGGAUACAGGUGUAUCGGAUCUGGAGAUGAGCCCCGCAGCAGUGAUAAGAAGUCAGAGCUGCUGCCUGCUGACUGGAGCAACAACAAGGAAUUGUACAGUCUAAGAUAUAAAGCCAUCGACAGCGAAACCCAGUUGCUGCUCAAAGCCAUCGCUGUCGACUCCACCUUGAUCUUCAAUCUGAUGAACUCCAGCACACAGCAGGUGUCAGACUUGACGGUGAACAUCAGCGACCACGUGGAUGCUGACCAGCUGUGCACAUUUGACAGUGUGUUCAAGGAUACAGACAGUUUGUCAGAGAAGGUGAAGACUCAGCUGCUGCCCUCCCAGGACAUACCGAUAGGACAGAGGGCAGAGAAGAAGACUCGGAGGGAGGAGGAGGAGGAGCAGAGACGAAGAGGAGAGGACAGCGACCCCCUCCGCAUCCCCGACAGACAUCCUCGCCAGGGAACGCAGCCACACUGGCCCGGUCCCAUGCUUCCUCCGUUUGCAGCUGGAGGAGCAGAUCUGGAUCCCUUUGGGUCUCGCGGUGGGGGCGGGAUGAUUGUCGACCCGUUGAGGUCGGGGUAUCCUCGCUCUGGUUUUGACCCAUCUGGCGGCAUACCAGACAUUCUGCCUCCCGGAGCUGUUCCCCCGGGGGCUCGCUUCGACCCGUUUGGACCAGUCGGACGACGCAGACCAGGGCCGGACCCAGACCACAUGCCCCCGCCUGGCUAUGAUGACAUGUUCAUGUAGUACCCAGCAGUGUUUCCUGGUUUUCUACUUCCUGUUUGCUACAUCUUGUCCUCUAGCCAAUAGGAGCCAGGGGGAAAGUUCUCAUCUUCACCUCCUCGAGGGUUUGGUUUGAUCUGGUUUAGUGGCCCAAAAAUAAAAUGUUUUGCCUUUUUAUUUUCUCCUGUUUUUGAGAAAGAGGGUUUGUUUUCUAAUUGUUCAUUUCAUAUAACUAACGUAUAACUCGUACAUAUAUAUAACUUACGUAGAAGUGCCCUACUCUUGAUGUAAACUUGGUGUUAAAUAUACAUCAGCAAAUUAAUGGAAGCCACGCUGAGUUCGGUCAUUCAGAUUGACGUAAAAGAUGGUUUUAAUGUCAAACAGACAUUAUGACAAGAUGCGCUAUUUUGGACUACAAGUUAAAAAAACAAACAGAUGGAGACACUCGCACACUGGAAUAUACUGACUGAUGUACUUAUUCAUCAUAAACUCAUCUAAAAAUCGGGACAUUUGUAAGCUUUAUUAUUAUUUUGAAACAGACAUAUUCUGAAGCAGUGAGUAAACAUUUGAACCGCCUGCAGGGAGCAUUCGCAGGUCGGGAGGUUGUAAUGUAACGGAAAGGUCACGGCGUCCAUCAAUACAGCAGCUGAUGUCUGCAUUUGUCAUAUUAGAUUCUGCCUCUUAUAGUUCUAAUUUAUUCAUAAAAACGGAUAAGUCCUUAAAUUUCUUGUAUUCCUGUUGUGGAUACAAGCUUGAAAUAUGGUUAUUUACAGUUGUUUUUGUUUGGACUGUUGACUAAACAACUUUGUUGAUGAAAAAUAAAUAAAUAACAAUCUCAGACUUUA